AAUUUUUAACCACUAAACUACUUAAAAGAAAUAAAUAUUAAAAUUUAGAUCCAAGUAAUUGCUAACCUUUAAGGUACCCCAAGUUUUAUUUUUAAAAAAAAAAAUAUGAAAACCGUACUCUUUUGAUUUAACUUUUAAAAUUUAUUAAAAAAAUGUUAGAACAUUCAAAAACAUUUCAAAUUGAGUAUUAUAUGGUUCAAAAAUCUUGGUCUUACUUAUCUUAAAAAUACACCAUACAUUUCUACUGAUGCUAAUGAAUUAAUGUUAUUGUCAAUUAUCCUAUCACUAUAAGUAUAAUUGCAACCACAAAAACUCCUUCUAUUGGAGUGCUCCAUACGGUCGAUGAAAAGCAUCCCUUGCUACAAAACAAAAGCACGCCGAGACUCAAUUAUAUAUAAAUAAAUUGAGGGUAAUCAAUUGGUAUAUCCAAAAUCAUCAUCAGGUAAAAAAGAAAUAAUAUCAAGUUGCUCUAAAUGGCCUCCUUUUUUAUUCUAUUGCCUUCUUUUACCAUUCACUUCUUCUCCUUGUUGUUGCUUACAAACUUUACUUCCUACACAUUCUCAUUAUGCAACCAUCAUGACAGCUCUGCCUUGUUACAAUUCAAGAACUCAUUUUUUGUCAACACUUCAUCUACACCUUCCGAUACUUUUUGGUUCUAUAAGUGGCGGUGUUCCUCUUUUUCUUUCAAAACAGAAACUUGGAAAAACAAUACAGAUUGUUGUGAGUGGGAUGGUGUCACGUGUGACACCGUGUCAGAUUAUGUGAUUGGUCUGGACCUUAGUUGCAACAAUCUGAAAGGUGAAUUACAUCCCAAUAGCACUAUCUUCCAGCUUAAACAUCUUCAACAACUCAACUUGGCUUUUAAUCAUUUUUUCCCUUCUUCAUUGCAUGCUGGUAUUGGGGAUUUAGUGAAUCUCACACAUCUAAAUGUGUCAAACUCAUACCUCAGUGGUAAUAUUCCCUCCACAAUCUCUCAUUUGUCAAAAUUAAUAUCACUUGAUCUUAGAAGUGAAAUGGAGUACCGCAGGGGAUUGAAACUCAAUCCAUUGACAUGGAAGAAACUCAUUCAUAAUGCUACUAAUUUAAGGGAGCUUUAUCUUGAUACUGUGAAUAUGUCCUCAAUCAAAGAGAGCUCUUUGUCUAUGCUAAAGAAUUUGUCAUCCUCUUUGGUUUCUCUUAGUCUAAGUGUUACUGAAUUGCAAGGAAAUUUGUCAAGUGACGUCCUCUCUUUACCCAACCUUCAAAAACUAGAUUUGUCAUCUAAUCAGGACCUUAUUGGUCAACUUCCAAAGUCCAACUGGAGCAUGCCUCUAAGGUACUUGGACCUCUCUUUCACUUCUUUCUCAGGUGAAAUUCCUUAUUCCAUAGGUCAAUUGAAGUCUCUUACUCAUUUAGCCCUUUCAUGGUGCAAUUUUGAUGGGAUGGUUCCUCUAUCUUUGAUGAACCUCACCCAACUAACAUAUUUGGACCUUUCAGAAAAUGAACUUAACGGUGAGAUCCCGCCAUCAUUGUUUUAUCAGUUACCUCAUCUUUCUUUUUUAGAUUUAUCUAAAAAUAAACUUAACGGAGAAAUCCCAAAUGUUAAUGGAAAUUUAAUGAAACUGGAAUAUUUAGAUCUUUCCCGUAACAACCUAACAGGCGAAAUUCCAUCAUCAUUUUUUCAUCUAUCUCAGCUUUCUUAUUUAGGUUUAUCAUUUAAUAAACUAGUUGGUCCAAUUCCAAUUGAAAUCACAAAACUUUCAAAAUUGAGCUAUGUGGAUUUAGGUUAUAAUAUGUUAAACGAAACAAUUCCAGAUUGGUGUUAUUAUUUGCCUUCAUUGUUAGAGUUGUACCUCGACAACAACCACCUCAUAGGGUUCAUUGGUGAGUUCUCAACUUAUUCUCUGCAAUAUUUAUAUCUCUCUAAUAACAACUUACAUGGUCAUUUUCCAAAUUCAAUAUUUGAAUUCCAAAAUCUUACCGGCAUAGAAUUGUCAUCAACCAAUGUCAGUGGUGUUGUGGAUUUUCACCAAUUUUCAAAAUUUAAAAAAUUGCAACACCUUAAUCUUUCACACAAUAGUUUUCUUUCUAUCAACAUUGAUAGCAAAGUUAAAUCCAUCUCAUCAACUUACCUUGAACAGUUAGAUUUAUCUUUUAGUAAUGCGAAUGGUUUUCCUAAAUUCCUUGUACGACAACCAUAUCUACAAAUAUUAGAUUUAUCCCAUAAUAACAUUCAUGAGAAAAUUCCGACAUGGUUUCAUAACCUCUUAAACUCAUCGGAACACAUUUAUUACAUUGAUCUUAGUUUCAACAAGUUGCAAGGAAAUCUUCCAAUUCCACCUUAUAGUAUUCUAUACUUUUUACUCUCAAAUAACAACUUCACAGGAGACAUUUCUUCAACAUUCUGCAAUGCAAGUUCCCUCACGAUACUCAACUUGGCUAACAACAACUUAACAGGCAUGAUUCCACCAUGCCUAGGCACAUUUUCUUCUCUUUCUGUAUUGGAUUUGCAUAUGAAUCACCUUUAUGGAAGCAUGCCUAGAAACUUUUCCAAAGAAAAUUCAUUUGAGACUAUAAAGUUGAAUGGCAAUCAAUUGGAAGGACCAUUACCACACUCUUUGGCUCAAUGUAGAUUUCUUCAAGUUUUGGAUCUUGGAGACAACAUCAUAGAGGAUGUAUUUCCCAAUUGGCUAGGAAUUCUACCAGAGUUACAAGUACUUAGUUUAAGAUCAAAUAAACUUUAUGGUACAAUCACAUGUUCUAACACCAAAGAUCCUUUUCCCAAGUUGAGAAUUUUUGAUGUCUCUAACAACAAUUUUAGUGGUCCAUUGCCAACAUCAUGUAUUAAGAACUUUCAAGGAAUGAUGAAUGUGAAUGAUAGCCAACUUGGUUUGCAAUACAUGGUUACGUCCUAUUACUAUAAAGAUUCUGUGGUGGUCAUAAUGAAAGGUUUUUAUAUGGAGCUCACGAAUAUAUUGAAUAUUUUCACAGCUAUUGAUUUAUCAAAUAACAUGUUUGAAGGUGAAAUUCCACAAGUCAUUGGAGAUUUAAAAUUUCUCAAAGGCCUUAACCUUUCAAACAAUGGAAUCACAGGUACCAUUCCACAGUCAUUGAGUUAUUUGAGAAAUUUGGAGUGGCUGGACCUCUCAAGGAAUCAGUUGAAGGGUGAGAUCCCUAUGGCUCUCACAAAUAUGAAUUUUCUCUCAUUCUUGAACCUUUCACAAAACCAUCUAGAGGGAAUGAUACCUACGGGUCAACAGUUUGAUACAUUUGGAAAUGAUUCCUAUGAAGGAAAUACAAUGUUAUGUGGAUUACCAUUGUCCAAAUCAUGCAAAAAAGAUAAAAAUUGGCCACCACAUUCAACAUCUGAAGAUGAAGAGGAAUCAGGAUUUGGUUGGAAAGCAGUAGCAAUAGGAUAUGCCUGUGGUGCAAUAUCUGGGUUGUUGUUGGGACACAAUGUAUUCUUCUUUGGGAAACCUGAAUGGCUUGCAAGACUUGUUGAACAAAUGUUAAACAUGAGACUGAAGAGAAGAAACAACCGAUCCGGUGCAAAUCGCAGAAGAAUGAAUUAAUUUGAUGUUGGUCUUUUAGAAAAUAUAGAUACAUUUGUUUGUAAUUUCAACUUUUCUGUUUGAGUAAUGUUGUAUUAUUUCAACUUUUAAAAUUAGUAUGUUUAGUUUAUUUCAAGUUGCUAUAAAAAUAAGAAAAUUAAGGAUCA